AUGUUGGAGCUCGAGCCUGCUCCGCUUGAGUGCAAUGCAGCAUGUGCGGCCGAGGUGGUGCUGGCUCAGCAGCGUGCAGCUUCGGCGAGCACUCUGCGGGCGCGAAGCUACAUCCAGACGCGAUGGAGUAGCGAAGCGUCUGCCGCCCCAGCGGCGCCUGUCAUUCACGGCGUCCGUGCUUCUGCACUGGGCAGCGGCGCGGUGCCCGCUGCCGAGCUUGAGCGUGUCUUGGGUGAGCAUGCUGGCGCCGAGGGCGUGUUUAUCGUGAGCGGUAGCGAGGCGGUGGUGAUUAUGGCGAGCCAGAGCGAGGCCAAGGACGCUAUUGCUGCACUGCGCCGAGCAGUCAACGAACACGGCCUCCUGUACUCGGAGUGGCGCGGAUCGGCCGGUGACGUAACGUCGCUCGCGCUCGACGCCGCCGCGUAUGAGCAGAGGCAAUCCCAGAUGGGAGCCGGAACCAAUGUGUACCAGUUGCUGGAGGUUGAGGCGCUGAUGCCAGGUGUCGAGGACAUGCCUGUGCUUCCGGGUCCAACGCCUGAGGAGGUGGCGGAGGAGAGGGCGCGGGUUAAGGCGGCCGCAGCCGAGGCCAAAAAGGCUCGUAAGGCGGCGGCGGCAGCAGCAGCCGAGGCCGAGGCCAAGGCGCUGGCCAAGGCGGCACGCAAGGCCGAGAAGGCCAAGAAGCGGUGCCGUAAGGAAAAGUGUAAGGUCAACAUUGUCAACUCGGGCAUCCAGUGUGACACGUGCAAGCUGAUCUUCUGCCUCGAUCAUCGGCUGCCCGAGUCGCAUGGGUGUGGAAAGGCCAAAGCACGCGCAGUGCGCACCGAGGCUCAGCGCGGAGCCAAGCAAGACCUGAACUAUAUGCGGCGGAUGGGGACCUCACAGCCACCGCCCAAGCUGACGCGGGAGCAGCUCAAGGCUAAGGCGCGUGCUGCGGCCAGCGGUGGGAAGAACGCCCCGGGGGGGAGCAGCGCCAAGAAGAAGAAGCUCAAGGACAAGCGGGGGAUCAACCGCAAUGUCAAGAAUAAGAAGAGGCGCAAGUGAUAACAUGGCAGUCUUAUUGCUCCGAAUCGGAGUCGGUCUCGUACGAGUACUCGACGGGCGGGCCAAACUCAAAGGCGGGCGCACGCCGACGGACGACGUCGUCGCGAGGCUCGUACGAGACGUCGGGCGCAUCGGUCUUGCGGCGGAGUGCGGCGUCGUCGCGUGCCUUCAUCUUGCUAAAGUUGACGUUCGGCUUGUGGUCGCCGUCCUUGACAUCGUACACCACAUCGACAACAUCCAAGACCUGCGACGGUCGCGACAGCUGCUUGUCCAUCUUGAGCAUGGUCUGGCCUGUCCGCUUGCGAGUGACGCGGAUGCCGUCCUCAGUGUCGUACACCUUGUCGACCGCAUUCGAGGUGUCAAACAGCUUACCCCGGGCGGCCUGCUUGUCCAUCCGUGGUGUGAGCUUGACCUUGUCAUUG